AUGGUGUUGAAAAAAAUGGCGGGAGCAAAGGUGCAAGAAAACUGCUCAAAUGCCAGUAGAAACAUCGACAAAGAGGAAUGCUGUGCUGAACAAGCAGCACAACAACCAUCCAUCUGGUCUUUUAGAACAAAUAAUAGCAUCCACGUUUGUGUCAGAAAAAAGCCCAUUGAAGAAGGUAAAGACACAGUUAAAAUAGAAAACAACAGCGUUAUCGUUCAAAAUAGUAAGCUGUCAUACUCCCUUGAUGAUAUUGAGUUUAAUCAUCAGUUUUUGUUUGAUAGUGCCUUUGAUGAAAAUUGUUCCAACGAGGAAAUUUUCCAAUUGGCAGUCAAAGGAAUGGUAGAUUUUUCAAUAGACGGCGGGUCUGGCUCGGUUAUCGCAUAUGGCCAGACAGGAACUGGAAAGACAUAUACACUGCUAGACCAGAAGUCGGGGCUGCUGUUCCAGGUUUUAAAAUAUUCGUCGUCCAGAAUUGCCUGUGGAGCGCUUUCAUUUCUUGAAGUGUAUAUGGGAAAUGUGCAGGACUGUCUAAGAAACAAUCUAAAAAUUAACCUUUUUGAAAAAAACAAUGAAAUCUAUGCAUCGGAAAUAACAGUCCGACCAUUCCACGGGUUUGAGGAUGCAAGGAAUAUCCUGAAGGCGGGCGUUUUGAAUAGAAGCACAUCUAUAACCGACACUAAUGCUUGUUCCUCCCGAUCCCAUGCUGUUGUUAUUAUUGAGUUUUUGCCAGCAGCUGAAAAAUCGGAAGUUGUUAGAUCGAAGAAGCUUUUGUCCAGCCAUUCACUGGCCAUUGUGGAUCUUGCAGGAAGUGAGAGAGGAUGCGAUAGGAGAGUGUGUUCAAAGGAGGUUGCAACAGAGGGUGCAGAGAUCAAUAAAAGCUUAUUGGCACUGAAGGAAUGUAUCCGAGGCAUAGAAAUGAAAAGCAAGUUCCUGCCAUUUAGACAAAGUAAAUUGACUCAAAUUUUGAAGAAUGCACUGAUAGGUAAUUCCAAGACCUGUUUUAUCGCAAAUAUCUCGCCUAGUAUUAAAGACAUUGAGCAUACGCUGAAUACACUCAGGUAUGCCAGCAGGAUAAAGGAGUCCUCUCACAAGUACAGCGGCUCCUCAGGAUCAGAAAGACAAGAUUGCUCAGAUUCUACUGUCGACUCAUCGGUUCUAGUGGACAGUGCCUUGAAUGCCGCUGAUCCUUACAGCACCAGGAGCCGUUGUAUUUCUGCUGAUACCAGUAUUGACAACCCAUUUACCGUUGAUUUCGAAGAUCUAACAAGCAACCGAAGCAUGUUCUUCUUUGAUGGGAAUAGCAGUAAUGGGCAUUUCAAGGAAGAUGCUGAGGAUCUCAAGAUCGUUGAAACUGAUGGCGAUGCUUCCACGGCAGAGUUACAAUCUAAGAAGAAUGCAAAGACCAUCAGCAAAGAUAUUAAUUAUGUAAAUGAAAUUACAAAACUGUUUGAUUCGAAAUGCACUCUUCUUGAAAAGUCCUCCAUUCAACCGUCCACGAUAUCACUUCAAAAAUCAAGAAUUGAAAAGAUCCUGCAAAACUUUACUUUAUUAAUUCAAAAGGAAGGCAAUCUGCAGGUGCUAAAGAACAUUUCAGCAGAGCUGGAACAGCUUGUUUCGAAAUUAAAAAGCAAACGCUAG